ACUCCGUCUGCCUCUUUCUUCUUCCCUCUCUCCCUCCUGCCCGCCGUCCCGGAGCGUCCGUGCGCCCCGGCAGCACGCAGCGCUCUGCGGUUCCUUCCGCUCCUUCACUCGGAUGAGCUGAGAGCCGCGGGCGUGUGUAUAUGGAAAUAGUGGGGUGCCGAGCAGAAGACAACUCGUGUCCUUUCCGUCCCCCAGCCAUGCUCUUCCACGGGAUCUCCGGAGGCCACAUCCAAGGCAUCAUGGAGGAGAUGGAGCGCAGAUCUAAGACCGAGGCCCGCCUGGCCAAAGGCGCUCAGCUCAACGGCCGCGACGCGGGCAUGCCCCCGCUGAGCCCCGAGAAGCCCGCUCUCUGCGCCGGCUGCGGGGGCAAGAUCUCGGACAGGUACUACCUGCUGGCUGUGGACAAACAGUGGCACCUGAGGUGCCUCAAGUGCUGUGAAUGUAAGCUGGCCCUCGAGUCGGAGCUCACCUGCUUCGCCAAGGACGGUAGCAUUUACUGCAAGGAGGAUUACUACAGAAGGUUCUCUGUGCAGAGAUGUGCCCGCUGCCACCUUGGCAUCUCCGCCUCCGAGAUGGUCAUGCGUGCCCGAGACUCCGUCUACCACCUGAGCUGUUUCACCUGCUCCACUUGCAACAAGACCCUGACCACGGGCGACCAUUUUGGCAUGAAGGACAGCCUGGUGUACUGCCGCGCCCACUUCGAGACCCUCUUGCAAGGAGAGUAUCCACCGCAGCUGAGCUACACUGAGCUGGCGGCCAAGAGCGGCGGCUUGGCCCUGCCUUACUUCAACGGCACUGGCACCGUGCAGAAAGGGCGGCCCCGGAAGCGGAAGAGCCCAGCGCUGGGAGUGGACAUCGUCAAUUACAACUCAGGUUGUAAUGAGAAUGAGGCUGACCACCUGGACCGGGAUCAGCAGCCUUACCCACCCUCACAGAAGACCAAGCGCAUGCGCACCUCCUUCAAGCACCACCAGCUCCGGACCAUGAAAUCCUACUUUGCCAUCAACCACAACCCGGAUGCCAAGGACCUCAAGCAGCUUGCUCAGAAAACAGGCCUCACCAAAAGAGUUUUGCAGGGAGAACAAAUCUUGGGGCAUUACAGCCAAACAUCCCGACGUUUGAAAAUUCCCUAAAGUAUUAAAAGAAGGGGAAAAGUUUGAUCGGAAAUCCACUGCAGUGAAGACAAAGACAAUAUUAGGUUAUGAUAAUCAUACAUUUUAAAAUCUAUUGAGCCAAAAAAAAAAAAAGAGACAGAGAGAGAGACUUAAAUGUCAAUUACUGAAUGUUAACAAAAAUUCUGUUCUUUAUGGUGUCUAACACAAACGGAGGCUUAAAGUCAUGUGGUUUAAAACAAAAUUAGUGAAGCCGUGUAUAAACCAGAGCAACCUGGCAGUAAUAUGCCCACCCCAUAUUUGAAGAAAAUUAUUAUUGCUAAAAUAUCCCACACAUUUGUCAAGCACAGUACUUGUAAAAUAAAGUCCAAAAACAUCCAUUUCACCUGCUUGCUAAUGUGUAUUAGUCCUAUCUGUUAAUGGCAUUUUCCAAUUGUAAAUUCAAAGAAAAGCUAUCACUCAUUUGAGAGUAUAGGAAUCCAAACCCAGUAAUUUUAGUAUUAUUGUUUAUUACUUCCUUUUUAAACAGAAAUCUCUGCAUGCACUUUUACAUCUGUCACUUCUAGUGUACAUCUCUGUAUGAUGACUUAUCUUUGCUGUUUCUUGUAUGAUAAAUAGCUUUCAUUAAUAAACAUUUUAUUUGAUGCAAA